CUUCUUGGACGCGCCUCCGUCCUGGGCCGGUGGGGACUUCCCUCGAUCCGGCCAUGGCGCGCCUCGCGCUCUUGCUGACCCUGAUCCUGCCCGGUAUCGCGCAGCAGCCUCCCUUCUUCCCCGCCGCCGGCUCCGAACCGACCCGCAGCUGCUCCGUGGUGCUGGACCCCGUCUCCGGACAGCUGAAGACCGUGACUGGCUGGGUCCCCGCGGCCGUCGCCUGGGCUAACCUGACCGAGGGCAUCCGAGAGACCGGUUGGUCCUCCCUGGAACUAACCACCAAUGAGAAGUAUAAUGACAGCCUCCAGGCCUACGCGGCAGGGCUGGCGGAAGCAGCUGUGUCUCAGGAGCUCAUCUACAUGCACUGGAUGAACACAAUGGUGGGCUACUGUGGGCCAUUCAAGUACCAGACCGACUACUGCCAGAAGCUGAAGAAAUUCAUCGAAGCCAACCUCGCCUGGAUGAUGCAGCUGAUGGAGGCAGCGGGCGAUUCUGAAUAUUGGCACCAGGUACGCCUCGCCCUGCUGCAGCUGAAGGGCCUUGAGGAUGGCUAUAACGGCCGGGUGGCCUUCCCAAUUGGCAAGUUCUCCAUCGCACCCUUUGGCUUUCUUUUGUUCCAGUUGGGGGGCGAUUUGGAAGACCUGGAAUCGGCCUUCAACAAAUCUGGAAACCACCGGGUCCUUGGCUCUGGGUCCUGCUCAGCAUUCAUCAAGCUGUUGCCUGGUAACCAGGAUCUCCUUGUCUCCCACGACACCUGGAAUAUGUACCAGUCCAUGCUACGCAUCCUCAAGAAGUAUACUUUGCCGUUCCGGACUUCAGCCCACAGUGACAGCUUGAUCCCCGGGUAUGUCCAGUCUUUCUCCUCCUACCCAGGCGCCAUCUUCUCUGGUGAUGACUUCUACAUCUUGAGUAGCGGCUUGGUAUCCCUGGAAACCACCAUUGGGAACAGCAACAGCAGCCUGUGGACGUUCAUUCAGCCCGAGGAGAGCGUCUUAGAGUGGCUGCGCAACAUCGUGGCCAACCGGCUGGCAACAAGUGGGAUGGAGUGGGCGGCCAUUUUCCAGAAGUUCAACAGCGGCACGUACAAUAACCAGUGGAUGAUCGUGGAUUACAAAUCUUUCGUCCCGGGGAAGGCCAGCCUCCAGAAGGGCGUCCUCACGGUGCUGGAGCAGAUCCCGGGGAUGGUGGUUUUUGACGACAAGACGGAACUGCUCUACCAAGAAGGCUACUGGGCGAGCUACAAUGUGCCGUAUUUUAAAGAAAUCUUCAAUACCAGCGGCAUUCCUCAGCUGGUUCAGAAAUAUGGCGACUGGUUCACCUAUGAGAAGAAUCCCCGAGCCCAGAUAUUCCGGCGCAACCAGACGCUGGUCCGGGACCUGGGCUCAAUGAUCCAGCUCAUGAGGUACAACAACUUCCCGAAGGACCCACUGUCCCGGUGCCAAAGCUGUGAUCCGCCACAGAAUGGCGAAAACGCCAUUGCUGCCCGCUCAGACCUGAACCCUGCUAAUGGCACCUACCCCUUUGGGGCCCUGCAUCAGAGGCCACACGGAGGCACCGAUAUGAAGGUCACUUCCUUUGCGAUGGCCAAGAACUACAGUUUCAUUGCCACCAGCGGGCCAACCUGGGACAACCUACCUCCUUUCCAAUGGACCUCCUCUCCCUACCGCAAUCUGAUACAUAUGGGCCAUCCUGACCUCUGGAAAUUCUCGCCCAUCCAGGUCCGCUGGGACUGAUGCCCCACGGGCUGUGUGUGUUGGUGUGUCAAACUCUUCCCAUCAUGCUCGACACGACCCCAGCUGGUGCUGUGGGCCCUUGUGGGUGAGCGGGUCGCUUUUCUCGAAAGGGUAAAGGUGCUUUAUAAUGAAUGGAUACAAUCGGGGCUAUUCAUAUACUGUGAUUCCACAGACACGGGGGGAAAGCGCUGGAUUUGGCUGCCUGCAAAUCCAAACUUUCUGUUUGUUUGCUUGUUUGCUUUUCAAAAUUUCUAGUCCUUAUGGACGCAACAAUAAGCCUUGAAAGAGUCCAGCCAAAUGCCUGCUUCCAGCUCAUUAAGCCAGAUGGGUGGCUGAAUUAAGAUUGCUGGUGCUCAGGAGUAAAGUGAAUUACUGGGGGUGGGGGGAGAAGAGGGAGGGGUGUGUGAAAUCCGCAAGCCUCAGCUGCUGAACCCUACUCCCCCCCCCCCCAGUUUAGCCAAAUCGCACUUCCCCCUAAAACAGCCUAAAAAUAAGAGUUAAGGGGGUUAUCACAAAAAAGUAAAAGGGGGGCAUUCUUCCACCUCCUACCCCUCCAUUAAUUACGCCAUGCAUAAUUCCUUGCUCCCAGUCACCAGUCUAGCUGCCGCAUUCUGGAUUAGUUGCAGUUUCCGGGUCACCUUCAAAGGUAGCCCCACGCAGAGCGCAUUGCAGUAGUCCAAGCGGGAGAUAACUAGAGCAUGCACCACUCUGGGAAUGUUGGGGAAAUGGUAUAAACCACUCCAGAAGUGGUUUUUAUGUCAUGUGGAAGCUGGAAAAUAAUGCAGGAAUUAACAUUUAGGGGAAUGUCAGAAAAAUACAAUCCCCCGUUGUGUGAAUGCAGCCUAUGGGUACAGAGACCUCCCUACAUAUAAAGCACAGAGUUGGUAUUUUCUCUGCAUGGGCAUCGGGGGGGGGGGGAGGCUGUUCAGCACGCAGUGCAACAUGGGAGCAGAAAGUGCUGACGCGGAAGAAAGUGGAUCUGGAACUACUGACAGAACACAGGGUGAUCUUCUGCAGAGAACUGCAGGGAUCUCCACCUCUCCAGCUGUUUAACCAUAGCAACAACCAAACAACGCCUUCCUCCCCUAAAUAUAUUGCUCAAUUGAAGAAAGCUUGGAGCAACUAGGAGUUGAGUUUUUGUGUGGAAGGACUGUGUGCUCAGUUCUGUGUAGAUGCUCCAAAAAAAGACUUCCGGGGCUCAAAUUUAUACCCCCCCCAGUCUCUGUCUUUUGCACUAAGUCUCCAGUUGGUGGUUUAGAAAGGGGGGGGAGGAGGUGUCUAUUUAAACAAAGCUUGCCCACCCCCUGCUUGAGCCAAUGUGGGCUUUAUAUUCUAAUUACACUACAAGCAUGAAAAACGCGAGGGGAAACCCAAAACAGCAAUUUGCCUUCAAUGCUUAGGAGUUUCAAGGGACGUCUUUCCUCUCCUCUUUUCCCCCCUUUAUACAUGAGCCAAAAAGGAUAUGAAUCUGUUGGUAGAAUAAACUCUGUCCCUGUGGAUCAGGGUAUACGAGUGUAUUGGUCAGUCAUAUGAAGGGAAUUCGGUCUUGCCUUGUAUGAUCAAAAGUUAUUUUUAUGAUUUACGUAUUUUAUUUUUGGUCUUAAUAAAUAUCAACACUAACUUGA